UUUUAUCUUUCUGUCAGAGUACAUUCAAAAUAAUAUCUAUACAUUCAGAUUAUUUUGAUGGAUGGCUCGCAAGUGUACCAUUAUUCCCGUGAAAUGAUUUUUGAACUGUGGUGUUAAUCAUGGGGAUAUUUCGAUAAUUGGGAAUCUGACGCUCUUUCUUUAUAUUGGCGUCAAUUUUCGGCUUCAGCGCCUGCGCGAUAGGUAUUUUUCGUUGCUAAUCCAAACAAAGAGAACGGAAACAUCUAUUCACAUAGGGUUACUAUAAAUCAGCAGGGUUACCAAAAUAAAAUUAUUUACUCCAAAAAUAAUGCUACCGCGCCACAUUUCCAAUUAUCGAAAUAUCCCCCCUGGGGUGUAAUUUAAUUUGUGUGAUAGGCUUCCAGGCUUUCAUGUUGGUUAGCCUAGGCCGCAGUGAGUGAGUUUGAAUAAAUGUCCAUAUUUAGUCAACUUAGGUAUGUCGUGCUCUCAUUUCAAAUUCUUUUCAUUACAGGUCGCUCCAAUUUUGCAAGAAAUGUCUUGUUUUUUUGAGCAUUGCAAUCACAAAUUUAGGUCCACAAUUGGCAAAUCCAAACUGAUCAAGAAUGGUGAAAAAGUUUUACUUGGAUGUUCAGGUGGCAGGAAAUCAGCAGCACUUUUGUCCAUGACUCAACAGACUUUGGGAUCUUUAUCCUUGAAACAAAUAACUUUUAAGGCUGGAGUACUUCUUAUAAAUGAUGCUUUUCUUGUACCAGACAUUAAAGAUGAACAAGCGGAAAUACUUGCUAUAAUUGAUAUUCUUAAACAGUCUGGAAUUGAUAUUUUAUAUUCAUCUCUUGAAAUGGUGCUUAGAAUUAAUACACAAGAAGAGUUUUAUUGGUCAUCUGAAAACAUUAAUUCAAACACAAUGGAAAGUUGUCCAAUUUUAAGAAGGAAAAUUAUGGACAGUAUGUCAGAUUUAACGAUUUCUGCGAAAUUCGACUUUAUCAAACACUUAAGGAUGCUUUUAAUGACAGAAAUUGCCAGUCAUGCUGGUUAUAGCUAUUUGUUUGUUGGUGACUCUGCUACUAGUCUUGCUGGUGAAUUAUUGUGUGACAUUGCUCUUGGAAGAGGAUCUCAAAUUUCUCCUGACACGAGUUUUUAUGAUACUCGAUACAAGGUUCCUGUCUGCAGACCAAUUCGGGAAUUUUUGGACAAAGAAAUUGCUUUGUUUAAUCAUUUAAAAAAUACUCCAUAUAAAGUGUUACCUAAUCUUUUAACAAAGACAAAAUCCAAUGGUAGCAUUCAUCGGCUGACAGAAGCAUUCAUUACUAACUUGCAAGAAGACUUUCCAGCAACAAUAUUUACUAUUUUCAGAACUGGUGGCAAAUUGUUGGAAUUUCGUUCAACACAAGAAACAAAUACUUGUCUACUUUGCAAGUCAGAGCUUGAUAAUGUUGAACCUGAGGCCUGUUCUGCACUUGAAGCAUUAAGUCUGUCAGAUAGAAUCUCUCAACCACGUCAAUCAAAUCUUCAAUCUACAGGCAAUACAGAUAAAGAAAACUAUGAGGGAAGGAGUGAUUUUGUACUUUUGUGUCAUGGCUGUUCUAACUCUUUCAAAAAACUUAUUGCAAAGGAAAACUUUUAUCAUGUAAUAUCAAGGCAACCAGUGAAAAGAGAUAAAAUGAAGAAUGAAAUUAAAGAUUUUUUACUAGAUGAUGAAGAGGUUUCUUGAUACUUUUAUUUCAAUCAUGUACAUAAUAUAUUUACUUAUGUGUAAUUUUAUAUCUUAAUAAACAUAUUUUUUACUUA